AUGAAUAGACUUUUGAUUACAGAAUUAGGGGAUACGAUGAGAAGUGAAAUGAAAAGAGAUUUAACUAAACCUAAGAAAUCAAAUAGAUCUAAUUUAAAAUCUUAAUUGCCAGAAAUAAAGAAUAAUUUUGGUAGUUCUGUUUUCUUAAUGGAAAUGGAAAAAACUUAGAAUCCUCUUUAUUAAAAAAGUCUUUCUGAUUAAGCUCUUUUAAAUCUGUCUAAGGUUGCCAAUCUUUCUUUGUUUGGGCCAAAAAAUAAACAGAGUUUAGAGAAUCAUUUAAGAGAAGAUCUAUAAAUAAAGAAGUAAAAAGAUUAUUUGAAUAUAUGUUUAAAUAAAUAAGUAGAUAAAAUUAUUGAUGAUAAAAGUAUUUAAUUAGAAAUAAUAAAUAGAUUUAAUGAGUAAAAGGAAAAGAUAAUUAUUGAAUGAAUUAAAGAGAUUAGAAGGAAAGGAGAAAUUGAAACAGUUUUAUAAAAUAGUAACUGAAUAAUCAUAAGUGAGUUCAAUAAUAGAAGAUAUUGAUAGGGAAAAUAAAUUAAUGUCGAUAGUAAAUGCAGAGGGAAAAUUAUUAUAAUUAAAAAGAAGAUAUGAAAAGAAAUAAUAGGAAGAAGAGAAAAUGAAAGAAUUAAUAAAAAUGAAUUAUUGUAAAUUUAAGGACAAUUAGAUUAUGAACAUAGAAGCAUUGAAAAUAAUGGAGCAUGAAGAUAUGGAGAAUGAUGUAAAGGAUAUUUUCAUGAAUAAAGAUUAAUCAGAAAAGCGAUUUAUAGAGAGAAUGAAUGAGAAACAUAUAAAGAGAAAUGAAUAGAUUUGGAAAUAGCAUCACUUUCCUAAAAAACACAGGAAAUGGCUAUCAAAAUGA